AUGGCCGGCUCCGGCGGCUCUCCCGACGCCGACGAUCCCAAUUGCGGCGGAGAUGGGGCUGAGCCCUGCAGCACUCCUCAAGAAUCCGACGACCGCUACUCCGCGCCCGCCUCCCCUCUCAGUACUCGCCCGUCCGGUCAGCCCCCGGGGACUUCGGUCGUCGCCAACGAGGGCUCCACCUCGUCCUCUGCCUGGGGAUCUGAUGACGACGACGAGCCCGCAGACAGAUACAAGAACCCGGCCUCCGCUUCCUUCCUCUUGGGACCGUCGAGCAGCACCAUGGGAGCGUCAUCCUCCUCGUCCUCCUUCUCCUCGGACAGCUGGAUCGGCAGCGACCGUACUUGCGGCGGCGCCUCGACCUCCAGCUCUCUGGACGCCUCCAACUACAGGGAUCUCUACAGGGAUCCACCCUCUGAGUGGAUGUAUAAUCAGAUUCUGGAAGCUCCUUUCUGGAGUCACGAGGCAUCUGAUGCUGUGAAGGCUUCUUGGAGAGACGAGUACGAGGCUUGUGAUGAUUUUUCUAUGGUUUUGCAGACAUCACAAAAUGGCUGCAAAAAAAUUCUUCAAAAGGAACCUUUAUCAUCUCUACCGCAUGAGUUUGAAAAUGAAAUUAUGAAAGAUAAGGCAAAAAAACUUUCGGCUAAUUACUCUGAAUAUCGGAAAGUACCUGGAGACGGGAGUUGCUUUUACAGAUCGUUCAUAUACUCAUACCUGGAGCAGCUUGUGAAAGUAUCUCACGAGGAGGAGCUACGUUUACUUGGUGCACUUGAACCUAUGUGGGAGAAAUUCCAAAGGCUUCAUUUGCCUGGUUCAUAUUCAGAUCUCCAUGAUGCUUUUGCAGGCUUCAUACUGGAAUGUAUGGAACAAAAACAAAAACUGUCAGUAAGUGGCUAUCAAGAGUGGCUUUUCCAGGAGAGUCAAAAUGAGCAGAAGUUUGCGAACGGUGAGAAUAUACAACAAUUUUCUUAG